GCCGAGACGAUUCCGAAGGCCAUCGACCGGAGCCUGAUGUACGCCUGCCGCGUCCUCGUGUGCGACUCGCAGCAGGAGGUGCACAGCCUCGGGGAGUGGGCCGGCGAGACGGGCAUCAACAGGGGCAUGAGGGGCUUGAGGCCAGAGAAGCGGACCGAGAUGAUCGCAACGAUCGCGAGGGUCGUGGACGGCUUCGUCAACCAGUUCAUCACGUCGGCCGCGGCCGACAGCAGCAUGGUCGAAGUCUUGAGCGGCAACCAGAGGGUUGCACUCGCAUACCGCCUGGAGAAGAAGAGGAUCCUGGAG